CCCUACCAGUUGCGGCUCUACCCACUAGCCUAAAAUAAAGUGUCAGGGCAAACAGUGUUUGUCCACAAGAAGAAGACAGCUUGUGUCAGGGGAAGGAAUUCAGUGCAGCACAGCCCUGCAGCAGCAGCUGUAGAAGCCGUCAGUGGACUCUGGAACCACACGUUUCUCUAUGGCUGAAGCAGAAAAUCAGAAACAACUUCUCAGGCUGAUUCAAGAAGGCAGGCUAGACCUUUUCAAAGAGGAGUUGCAGAGAGACAAGGAAAUGAGCAAGGAAGUGAGGCGGAAACACUAUGGGAAAUCUGGGGACACGCUACUGCACUAUGCAGCCAGGCAUGGUCACCUGAAUGUUCUGACCCAUUUAGUAGAAGCCUUGGAAAUGGACAUCGAGAUGUUUAAUAAUGACUACAAAAGGCCCCUCCACGAAGCAGCUUCCAUGGGUCACAGGGACUGCAUGUUGUAUCUGCUGGAUAAAGGUGCAAGGAUAGACUGCUUGAAAAAGGCAGACUGGACUCCUCUCAUGAUGGCUUGCACCAGGAAGAACCUGGAGGUGAUUAAAGAUCUCAUUGAGCAUGGAGCAAACCCGUUGUUAAAGAACAAAGAUGGCUGGAAUUGCUUCCAUAUAGCAAGUCGAGAAGGUGAUCCCCAGAUCAUCCAGUACUUGCUCACUGUGUCUCCGAGCAGCUGGAACACAGAAAGCAAAAUAAAGAGAACUCCUCUGCACACGGCAGCAAUGCACGGCUGUUUUGACGUAGUGAAAGCACUUCUUGAGCGGUGCCCGUAUGAACCUGACAGCAGGGACAAAUGCGGAGUGACUCCCUUUAUGGAUGCGAUACAGAACGGGCACAUCGACAUAGCCCAGCUGUUUCUAGAAAAGCAUAAGGCCUGUUAUACAGCUGCAGAUGCAGUAGGUGCUCAGCCCUUGCACCAGGCAGCAGUCACGGCCCAGGACGAAGCCAUCCGCUUCCUUGUCUCUGAUCUCGGUGUCAAUGUCAAUGAGAGAGCAACGUCAAUCCAACUCACGGCGCUACAUUACGCAGCCAAGGAAGGACAUACAAGUACCGUCCAAACGCUGUUGUCCCUCGGCGCUGAUCUACAUGCUAAAGACGGGAAAAGUCGAUCUGGACUUACUGGGCCAGAUUCUGUAGGUUGCUGGGGCCAAUCUCCUGUUAAAGUGGCAGCCAUCGAUUGGAGGAUCUUGGAUUGUCCUUCCUGCUAGUGACAUUGUACGUGAUUAGGCGGAUGGUGCUUUAUUUGAACGUGGCAGCUCCUUACUGUGCAAAACAAACGGAAACAUUCUUAUUUCAUUUCCCGCCGUCGUUGUCUGCCUCCAUAAUGGACGCAGCCGUGCAGUUUCAAGGCCCACCACUGCAGAAUGCAGGGCACUGAUUGCAUGUGAUAAUUGAAAAAGGAAUUAAAGUCAUUGUUCACCCAUG